AUGGAAGACUAUUGGUAUGUCCAACAAGCACCGUAUCAAAUAGCAUUCUCCUCAACCUUUGAUCCGGAUGAUGAAAACUUUUCACUCCAACAACCACCGCCACCCAAAUUGACCAAAGUCUUUAGUGGAACGGCAAGAGCGGAUUGGGAACAAGUAGUACGAGAUAUGCCACCGCAGGAACGUAGUAAUUGGUUGGAGCAACAGCAACAACAACAACGACAACACAGAUCCAACAGCGGCGACAGUAAGAAUAUCCUGGAUGCGUUACACCUACAAUACCAGCAAUCAUCAUCGUCAUCUUCACCAGAACAAUCGACAGAAGAAUGGGUAUUUGAAGUACGAACCACGGUCCUGAUACAGAGUUCACGUGGGACGGUCCAAUUGCCUAUUCGAGCAUCUAGUAGACGUCAAAAUCCUUAUGGAGUUCCCGAUGUCAUUUAUUUUGAUGAGGAGGCGGAUGACGACACGUAUAGCAACAAUAACACUACCCAAAGUGGUGGGAAGAGUCGCAAGGACAAUACGAAGCGUCAGCAGCAGCAGCAAUCCAAGAAAAAGACUGCGGCCACCACGGCGACUAGUACCUCCACCAAGGGAGUCCUGUGGUUGGAUACAGAUUUGGCGCCGGCAGAAACCCCAGCGGAUACGGAAGAGGACGACGACGAUGAAAUAUCGCCCAGUACAUCGAGGGAUUGCUACAAUCUAUUCAUGACCAAUCCUAGCUCGACCGAAGACUUGCGAGUGUCGGAAGUCUUCCUCAGUCGUCCGGAUUUGAUGAAUUUGCAAAUUCAUGGACAACUACGUGCACCAUCCCAAACCGUCACUCAGUGGUGGAAUACUGCUCCGAGACAAGAUGGUCAGGAGAAGGAAAUACCCGACCAACUGGGAGCACUAUUGAUUGAACCUGGAGAACAAAGAUACGUGGUGACAGUGUGCACUGCGGGUAAUACGUCAGCGUACGGCGAUUACUCCUAUGACAGCAAACUCAACGACGAGGAUGAGUUUGGACCUAUCGUGGUCGACGAGGGUGAAGAAAACGUCAAAGGUACCUUUGCUAGUGCUGCCAGGACAGCUGCGAGAGCUCUGCUCAUGGCAUCGUCCGCAAAGUUCAGCUUGGGAUUCAUCCAUAUCAAAACAGAAGCCGGAGAGAACUUUUUUGUGGCUUUGGAGAGAUUGCGGAAGCAGUGCCGAACUUCGGCAGGUGGUGCCGGUAGUGGUACCCCCAAUGACAGGAACAAUCCGCAAUCAUCUCCCAGUUUGGCCCCCGCUGAGCACCCGAGCAAACAACAAGUCUAUCCACCUUCGUAUCAUCAUGCAUUGUAUCAGAUGGAAAUGCAACCCACCGAAGAACUUGUGUCUCUCUACGACAAAGCGUCCACGGUGGCGGCACCGGCAACGCCACUUGUCACGAGUGCAUUGCAAUCGAUACCGCCCCGUGUGGACUUUUCCUUGCUGUCCAGUUCAAGUCCUACCGUAGUCUCAUAUUUGAGUAUUCACAAUCCUAAGGAUUAUCCCAUCAAAAUCAUGAGAUCUGGUGUCGCUGUGGAGAUUGAAGAUGAACUGGAUUCCAGCCAGCCAAAUCCGGAAGAGCUUGGUUUGCAUAUGAGCGUCAAAAUAAAGAACUCGUACUUGGAACCGAAUGCGGUUACCAAAGAGGCGCUCAAGAUAACCUGCAGCAUCCGGUGGGAUCGUUUCCAGUCACAUAAUCUGGAGUCAUUGUUCUUUCAUGGAAACGCUAUAUUGAGAGCCACUGCGCACGUUGACUUUGAUUACAACCAGUGGAUUAAGAACUUGGUCACCACAAACUCCAAGAGACAACAGGGCAAAAUCUUGAUAGCCAAUGAUUACGCAGAGCCCGGUAAAGCGGAUGCCAACAGCAAACAAACUGAAUUCGUGUUGGAGAUCCCGUUGUCUGUGUCCAUGGUGCAGGGCAAAAUUGGGAUCAUGAUUCAUCGGACUUCCCACCCAUUUCCACAUCUGUGGGCAGUCCAGUCUUGGCAGGAGGGAUUGGGAAGUGUUUCCAGCAUAUUCUAUCCGCAAAAACCAUUCGAUAUCCGCGCGGAACUCGAUUCUGGUGAAGGCCCGUUGACUGAACCUAUAUUUGGUCAGGAGGGAAUCGAGCACAAGCUACGGAUAUUUGCCAACAUCAACAUUCCUUCGCGAGCCGGUAACAGACAUGAUGAUUACCAACCACAAUCACUACAAUUAGCAAGUGCUACAGUGCUGGACGAGGAUGAGGAGCAGGGCGAUGACUCUUCUGGUGAAUCAGGGCAAAAUGAUGACAUCUGUGGACGUUUUCACGUUUCCGUGGGUCCUCCUCCGCAUGACGAUUUCCCGUUUCAUGGAUUCAACGAUGUUGGUUUGGUGCACAUAGAAUACAGCUUUCCCGAUCCAGCAGAGACGGAGGUAGAUGCUUCAUCUGAGGACGAAAUAGAGGACAACGGGUUUCCUGCAUACCCCAAGUACUGUUAUUUGUCCCUCACAACGGACCCCUACACUGAAUUGCAUCAGAUUCCUUUGAUUGUGUAUCCGGGCCAAACCGAAAUAACCGCCACGCAGGCCCCAGAUAGCAUGUUGCAGUCCAAGCACAAGCGGAAGAAAAACAGGAAGAAGAAACGGAAGAAAAAUAAACCAAAGGAAAAGGAUGUUGAGGCUGUUGACGUCGAGGCGUCUGGUGCCAAUUCUCACGCGAUCGUCGGAUUCGAUGGGCUUCUCGACUGGUUUCAGACAACAACAGUAGGGGAAUCACUGAAGAAUUUCUUGGUGAACACCAGCGACCGCGACUGGGGAUGGAGCAAGCGUCAAAACGACGAACAGCUGCUACGAAAAUAUGUGGCAAGUCUAUGUGGCAAGUCCAUGAAUUUGAGGACUGCCCACCUCCGGCCCAUUCUGAUGAAGGUUGGUGCCAUUAGACACGGAACAGUCGAGAGUUCUUCUUUCUACCUGACGAACCACAAUCCUAUUCCCCUUCUCGUCAGUGUUGACGUGGGCGAAGUGGAGGGGAUGAGCAUUUCUCUGGCGAGGACUCCCACUCGUGGACAGGGCGAUGGACAGAACAUCCUCGACCACUUUCCUAAGCGGCGAAACAGUGCCAUGGGCGGUCCCUUUCAACAUCUUGUCGCCGAAGGAGAGUACGAAGGGCAUCCCUUGGAAGGUUUGAGAAAGUUUUUGAAAACGACCGACGUUGCGCAGGAGUUUCUCAGUGUUUUUCGCUAUCGAGACGCAAUCUCUCUGAGCCAUCCUUCGGUCGAUCGUCAGCCUCUUCUUGAUACGCUAUACAAAAAGUACGCCUUUGGCGAAUUUCAUCGGGACCCCUUGCCGAUUCGAUUUGGUCAAGAUGGUUGGUCUCGUUGUAGACGACGGAAGAAGGGCCAAAGGUCGUCGCGACAAUUCGUGGAGCCCGAUUACGAGUACAACUCAACGAGCACUUAUAGCGACGAUGAAGGUCUCUACUUGUCAGACGAAUACAAUACCCGCACAAUCAGAGCAGGCAGGGGGCCUCUGAUGGUAUCAGACGAUUACAGCACACCCAGGCCGUUGAAGGUGUGCUGGGAUAAGGUCGCGGAACCAAUGGAAUAUCCGUCCGAUGGCACCUACACGAUAAUCCCCCCCGGCUCUGUUGCGCGGUUUGAAGUGAAGUUGCAUGCUCCGCCGAAAUCAAUGCUCAAAGACGACAUUACUCGGUUUCUAUCCACCGGAUUAGUUUUGUCAACUGAUCACGGAGAGAUACUGCCAAUAUUUGUGUCAUUCGAGGCCUUGCUUGGUGAGGUGCAGGUGGCGAAGCCGAAGGCAGCGAAGCCCGGAAGCCAGUCUAUUCCUCCUCAAUGUGCAAGAGCAGACUCAGGGAAGAAACACUCAGGGAAGGCACACUCAGGGAAAAAGGAUACUUCGACAAGCAAUGCCACAGUUAUGCAGGUGCCAGCGAACCUCUUUCAUGAAGCUCUACAUGAUCUAGGUGAUCAGCUUAGCACUACCGACAACCAAGUCUGUGCAGGACUUGACCCAACCAGACAUGACCAAGCUCUGCCAUUACGCCUUAAAUCGUCCUUCUCGCGCGAUACUCGAUUGGUUGGUGUUUCAAGUUGUAACCCAUGGUUUGAGGUUACCGUAGACGAGGAUGACGGAUCUCGCCCAUUCUUGCCUGGGUACCGUGAAGCGGGUUAUCAGAAAAUUGUGGACAUUGGCGCAGUGAGAAGUACAAUUCGUUGCAAUUCCAGGUGGAGCUACAUUUCGAAGCCAGCUUAUCCAUCGUUCUAUCAGUGUGCUCUAAAAUGGCUGUCAGAGCGAUCAGAGCUUCAACCAGGUGGGUGCGGAGUAUCAACAUCCACAAGAAGCACCAGUUCCAAUGAUGAUAGCAACAUGGUGCAUGUAGCUGAACACAGCGGAGUAAGGCGAGCAGUCAAAGCCUUUGAGAAAGCGCUGUUGGUGUCGAGUUUUGCAUUUGGGAGCAGUCGCAAUGAGACUUCCUCGGUUAGCACGAUCAGUCAAAACGAGAACAAGCGGAGGCUGCCGUCUGGGGAUGGUCUGGUGCCCCCCUUGGUCCUCGAUGUUUUUGCAGAAGCUUGGGAUGCUUGGAGGGUCGUUGCAGACUACGGUUUGCGGAAGCUCAGUUCGACUUUAAAGGCUACGAUUGAAUAUGACUCUGUUGGACGACAUCCCGGAAAGAUUUCAAAUGCCCAAAACCUGUCUGUGUCAAUGCGUGAUAUGAUUCUCCAGACCGUUUUGGCAGCCCCAAAGUUGUUCGAUUGUCUCAGAGCCACCGAAAGUGACGCGAUUGCUGACGCCGUCAUUGGAGAUGACGAUUCACCGUCCGUGGUGGAAUUCACGCCAACCCGGGUUGCCGAUGUGUCGUCUCUUACAAUUCCUCUGCGAAAUCCUACAGCAGUGCCUGUUCGCGUACGCCUAGUGACUGUCGCCCCGCCAAAGAGGAAAAACGCUUCUGCAAACAGUGGCACUAGCGAGAAAGAUCCGGUGAAAGCAAAAUUUUCCGCGGAAGAAGAAGUCAGGAACGCAUUUAUAAAAUCCAGCUCCCCGCCGUUUGUUCAGAACAAGAAGCUGAACACCACAACGCAACAUUAUCAUGCUGGAGUUAUCGCGGAGCAGCUUUGGUGGGAUGGAGCUGGAGGUUAUUUCCUUGCUGACGAAUAUGGAGAUCUCGUUCGCUCCCACCACAACAUCCGCAUCAUGGCUGGUGCUGGGGCCCAUGUGAGCCUAGCGAACCCGUCUCUACAUUCCAAUGUAGCGCUUCUUGUUGGAUGCGGUGCGCGAUGUGGGGUCAGAGACGAGAAGCACUCUCCGUUCAUGCAAGACGGCAAUGAGUCGAAAUUGACCAGCCCACUGGGGGCAUCCGCCGCUGCAGGCAUCACAUUAUCAGGCCGGAUAAGGGCCAAUCUCCCUCAAUUGAACGGCAGAUCUUCGGAGGAACCAGUGUUUGCGGCCGGAGCUGCUUCUCCUGGAGGAAUGGGCGGCGGCCCUGCAGCAUUUGCUAUUCCAUUCUCUGCGCUGGACGAAGUUGUGAUCCCUCCGUUUGGCGAGGCCGAGAUUGGGCCGGUUUUGUUUCGGCCUCCGGGACGUCACAGCGUACAUGGCUGUCAGUCCGCGUCGGAUAGUCGAAUAGUCUCGAUGGCUGGAAACGCAGAGAGAUCCAAGGCCUGCGGCGAGAACGUUUAUGAAUCGAUGAUUUUCCUGGAGAAUUCUUUGACUGGGCUCGAAAGAAUCUCUCUAAGGGGAAAGGCUCUUUGGGAAAGAUUGGUCUUCUUGGACCCACCUCCUGCUGAUACGCACCUAGGCGAUGAGUUUGGCGACGUCGAGCUAAGGUAUGGUCAUUCUGCAUUGAUUUUUUCCGGCAGCAAAUCAACCGGAGAAGCAACCUCGCAUCAGUUGGGGCCAACAGUUCCUGGAUCCGUCAUCAAGGAAGUGGUUGUCCACAAUCCAGGCGACACAACCAUGGACUUCGAAAGCGUGUAUUUGUCAGAUACAUCAAAACUCCACUACAAACACUCUACAUCCAUGUCAUACCGAAAGCAUGACAAUAAGUGUUCAAUGAGUCAGUUUCGGUUGUUGAAUUGCGUCGACAGUGCAAGUGACGCCGAGGACGGUGAAGGUAUCCAGAGUGUCAACGAUGGCUUUUCCCUUGAUCCUGGCGAAAGCAUUUCUCUUUUUGUUGAGCACUUCCCUGACUGUAAGAAGCCUCAUGACUUCAUUGCCGUGAAUCUUGAAAGACGUCGGCAAACAGACAUAUCUCCACCGAAAGGCAGGUUUGGACUUUUGUCUUCUGCGGGAAACAUGCAAGAACCGCAAAGAAGAGUUGGUAUGGAGAUGAACGAUCAUUUCAGGCGGCGCAAGUUUCAGCUUCUCGUAGGAUAUGAAAUGUCGGACGACGAGUUCAAGUCCUGCGCACCUGUUCAACGCUGGGGGUUGAACGUGCGUCGAGUGAAUCGCGGUGUGCGCUGUUCAACAAAGAAGAAAGGAUGCAAGGAAAGCUGGUUCUCCAGGAUGAAUCAUCGCAUCAGGUGGUACGGUGUCAUGACACUUGGCACCGUCGUGCUCUCAGGAUGCAUAGCCUUUUCAUACGCAGCUAUUUACAAGGGGUAUUUAUUCAGGCGGCAAUCAACUCUUUUCUUCGCAUUCAAUCUGACAGGCCGCCGCAAGACUCCCGACAACGGCGCCAGUGACAAGCCAUUAACGCAACCCGGUGGACGUGGAAACUGGGCGGCUGCGUUCCGCUGUUUGGCGCGAGCCGAUCCAUCUUCUUCAGAUCUGCAAACGCUCGGCCGUGAGCAGAUUCGUCAUGUGCUUCUUGGUCGCUACCGCACUUUGGGUGUUUUGUCUCCUCAGUGCCUAUCUAACAAUGGUGUUUUCAACCGUGAAAGAGGCGGUGUUGCUACUAGCGGCAGUCCUUCUAGACAGGUUGGAGGGAAGGAUGGCCAGGUUUCGAGCGGCGACCGAGCUCGUACAUUAAGCGACGCGAUCUACAGGCACAUGGCUGUUCACCAGGACCCCCAUCUUCAAAGCUCGCUUCCGCGUGGUUUGACAUGGCGAGCUGCUGUUGGAAGAGGUAUGAAGUUGCCGAACUUGUCCGAAAAGCCUGGACGCCUCCUGAGGACGUCGGAGCUGCUUCUUCAAAGAGUCGCGCGCGCUAAAGUUGAGGCUGACGCACCAGAGGACGAAGCAGUCGACCAAUUGAAUUAUCAUCACGAUCUAGGCCAGGAAAGCUCUGAGGGAUCACAACAAACCGAUGAUGUAUCCGACGAGCAGCUCUCUGACGGAGACGAGUCGCAACUGCAGGAAUCAUUUGUGUCUGAGUUGAGCGAAGAGCAGGGACCAGAAACUCCUGAUGACACUAGCGAGGAACCAGCACGUAGAGAACCGGCUGAAGAUGCCAAGGCGGCAUCCGGCAUCGAGCCUAUUCUGGACGAGCGCGCUCCUGUCCUCGUCGAAGAGGCGAAACCAGGGGAAAUCCCAGGGGAAACGACCAGUGAUACUGCUGAGAUUCCAGUUGAAAUCCCUGAGGAGAUGCCAGUUGAAAUUCCUGCUGAAAUGCCAGUUGAAAUCCCCGCUGAAAUGCCAGUUGAAAUCCCCGCUGAAAUGCCAAUUAAGCCACCGCCUUCGCCCGAGAGCCCGAAGGAAGAGAAGAAGAUACCUGAUGCACCUAACGGCAGUGAGAAACGAACGAAAAUUGUGCCGGGAGCUGCUGAAGCCAGGGUACCCAAGCAGCAGAAACAAGAGAGCAACAAAAAGGAGACAGGGCCUGCCCCUCAGUCCCAGAAGAAGAAAGAGUCCAAGCGUGACAGGAGAAACCGGCACCAGAAAGCGCGAGCACCAUCGCCAUUCAAAUCAGAUGCUGUUGAUGUUGAAUCUGUUACAAGCUCCCAAGCAAAGCCGAACCAACCAAAGGAAAAAGUUAAGUCGACUGAAGCCAAGGGCCAGCCUCGUUCCGGCAAGAGCAAGGCAGCCGCAGAGAAACCGAAACAGGCAGGGAAAACUAGUCAGAACCAGCGUGAUAAGAAGGCCAACACGGCUUCAUUGGAACCCAAGAGUGGGAAGGGCCCUGAAUCCGAAGACAAGAGUAACAACAAGCGACGAGCCAAGAAGACUGAUGCAUCUUCACAACAAAAGCAAGCCAAAGAUACAUCCAACAAAGGCGUUCAAAACGAAAAGAAGCCCAAGAGUGGCGCUUCAAAGAAAGGGAAGAAGGGCAAGGCCGCAAAGGGGACGCCCGCUGCCACCGUCCCGGCCCCUGCAGCAGCAGCGGCACAAUCGCAAUCAGUAGGAGAGAAAACUCAGCAAAACCCGCCAAAGCAGCUCGCAAGUCUCGCAGGAAGCUCUCCACCAAGACCCAAACCUACAGAGGCGCCACCUGUGCUUCGACCUCCCCCUGGCUUGGCUCCUCCCCCUGGGUUUGGUGCACAAGACGCGACAGCACCACCUCUUUCACGUCCUACCUAUGAGGCCCCGCUUCUGCCACCUUCAGCAUUCUUAAGCGAUGCCAGCAUAUUGGGUAGUCCAUCUUCGACAGUGCUGGGAACCCCCGCGAGAUCAUUGGGAGAUUCCGCCUUUGGUGCUUUGAGUCCUUCCAUCUUGAACGUUUCUGGCGAGCACGCUUCGUUAGCAGGAAUCAACUCCGAAACGCCACUUCGUGGUGUGUCAAGCGUUUUGCCCAGAUCAGCUGCAGGUGAGGCCUUGUUAGCCAGCGUCGCGAGCACCCCGCUCGAUAGACCACUGGAGAGUCCCUUUCAACCGCCUCGCAAUUCUGCCGAUGGCUUUGACGUGAUGGACUUUUUGGACAGCAUAUUGAACGAAGGAAACAGCGCACCUCCGCCAGAAGCUUCACCACAGCGGCCUUCUGAUCCCUUCCUGGCUGGAAAUAGAAGUCCAGUUCCGGCAUUGGCAUCCACCACUCCAGUCCAACCUCCCCUCACAUCCACUCCUUUGCAGCCUCUGUUCUCAUCCGAUCCUUGGGCAACAGAAAGGCAACCACGUGCAUUGGCUUAUGGAAUUACCAUUGACGACAACGGUGGUGCAGCAAAGGAUUUGACUUCGGCAAGCUUGCAUUCUUUGGGCGAAAGCCAGGACAGCAACCCUAUUCCGCUUUUGGACACCGCUGCUAUCUUGAGUGUACCUGUUGUUGAUGACGCGAGCGAAAACACCAACCCCAUCCCACUUCUGAACACUGCACCCAUCUUGUAUGCUCGUGACGGAGACGACGACGAUGAUGACGAGGACAACGGUGACUCUUUCUAUGCUAACCUCUUGGCCGGACUGAACCCCGACAACGAUGACAAUAGUGGAUUCUAGCUAGGUCGCCAGACUAAUAAGAGAUCCAGUUUUGUCGUUGUCUGAAG